GAGGUAAUGAGUAGGUCGCCUUACAUUCAUAGAUAAUUCCGCAUAUCCUAAAUAAUACGACAUUUCUUUAAUUCUUGUUUAGCAUUAUUAUUAGAAAUCAUUUGUUUGUUGCAAGUAUGACUGCCGCUUGAUCAAUAUGUUUUUCUUAAUUACAUACAUAUAUGUAUGUAUACACACAAACUCUUCAAACCCCUUUCGAAAAGUAUUGCGCCAAUGCUUUCACUCAAAAGUGUAUGUGCCCUUGAGCAGUGUCGUUAGGCAUGUUUCGUUAUUUUCGUCUUGCCUUACUUGCCUUAGUUGCUAUUGUCACGGAUCGAAAAAAAUCAAUGUUAAAGUCCUCGUCUGGUCAUUGCCCGUUAUAUGAGAAUCAUCAUUAUAUUAUGCUUUUCGGUUUACGUUAUGUUAAGUGCUUUCAUGUGAGUUUCAUAUUAUGUUAGAUUUACAUGCAUUAUAUUCAAGCAAUGACUUAAUUAUUACGGCCUAUUAAGUCUGAGUAGCGUAGAUCUACUUAAUACAUAUAGCUUGCGUACAAAAAACUUUUCAAUAUUCAUUCAGUCGACAAAAUCACAUAGGCAUUGCUAUAAGAGUGCUUGAGAAAAUUUUUCACAUUCGAAAAAAGCAUUUUCGCUAGACGGGGGAUAUAAAUGAGUAAAAAAGUAAAAUGCAAACUUGUUUGGGCUAUAUGUUGACUAUCGCCCUACUCUGUUUUUUCACGUACGCUCUGAUAUCUGGAAAUCUGCAGAACUCUAAGAAAUUGGAAAGAUUGCGUCAAGAUGUUGAAGAAAUGGCGCAUAUGGUGUUAUCCAAAUACGCUGGUAAAGGUGAUCCCGCCCUUUUAAUGGAUAUGAUUGAUAGGACGGUUAAGAAACAUUUGCCCAAAAUCUGGGAUGAUUUAUAUGCGAUAAAGAAAAGUCUGAAAGCCGGCGAAUGUCCAAGUCUCGCCUCUGGCAGGCAAGUUUUCAAAAUCGAUGAACGAGUAAACUACGCAUCCGAUGAGUUGGGUGCAAAAAUCAUUGCUGUGCAAGCACAACCGGUAUGUCCACCCAAUUUUUUGAAAUCAUUAUUGGGAAUGGAAUUCACCGCGAAUCCACCAGUGCGUAUGCUCGAGUCUAAAAUGGAGCCCGGAAAUUGUUUUGCAUUUAAAAACGACACAGCCGUUGUAACGAUCAAAUUGCCGCAUUUAGUGUUAAUCGAUCAAAUUGGCUUACAGCACAUAUCUAAAAAGCAGUCGCCGAAUGAAGACACUUCCAAUGCUCCGAAAGAUUUUACGGUGUUCGGUAUAAUGGGAGAUCGCGAUGUUCAAUUGGGUAAAUUCCAGUACGGAUGCAUUCAAAGCAAUUUGCUUCAAACGUUCACCGUUAGGUCAGCAGAAAAAUAUGAUUUGUUGCGAUUUCAUUUCAACUCCAACCAUGGUCAUCCGCGUUAUACUUGCGUUUAUCGAAUUGUUGUGCAUGGAAAAAUGUAAAAUUCGUACAAAUAGUUUCUUACAGUCGUACAGAGCUAUAUAUUUUAGCCCUUUAUUUUACUAUAUAGCCAGUGUUGUUUUGAAUUUUUAUUUUAUAAUUUAAUGUUUUCGCAAUAUUCGCGAUACUUUUUUUUUGUUGCUUUUCCUAAAUUCUAUUACGUUUCGAAA